UUUUAUUAAUAAUGAUUUUUAUUGAUUUUAUAAACACAAAAGAGAUAAACAAAAGAUCAACAACAACUUAAAAAGCAGUAGAACGCAUUAAAGAACUAUAACAUAACAAUAAAAAAAGAAAGAAAACAAACAUCUAAAUCUAAAUCCAAAUUUCUUUAACAUUGUAUAUAGGGACCUCCUCGAGUUCCCUCCAUCUGCUCUUCAUUUCAGUUUUAUCUUUUAGCAAUUUCUAAUGCAUUUCUAUAUACAUACCGUAUCUUAAAAUUUCAAAUCUAUCCUUUCUGUAUACUUCACUUGGAUUUUAAAUCCUCAGCUUCUAUACAAUUCUAAAUCUAUUCUUGGUAUACAAUUUUUGCAUGUUUUUUUUCAAAUAGAUUUUAAAGUCUUUCCACUCUUCUUCUGUCGCUUCUUCUCCCCGGUUGUGGAUUCUUCCGGUCAUCUCAGCCAUUUCCAUGUACUCCAUCAUCUUCAUUUGCCAAUCGUCCACAGCUCCCAUUCAUUUUAAUGGGGCUAUGCAUUGACUUAACUAACAGGAAACGAUGACAUAUGGAUUCUUCCACUCCUUGGGCCUGUCCUGAAUGGGGCAUGAUGCUGAGACAAGAGUGGGGAAGUGAUUUAAAGGAUCCAGGCAACCUCAGGCCAGAGGAACCCUUUGAAUGCUCCCAGUCAUCCAUCCAUCCUCCCUUCCACCCCCCACCCCCCACCGCUUCCCCCUCCAUGCACAAAUUCCACAUCCUGUUCCACAACUGCAGAUCUUUGGCUUUUUAAGACUCAGGCUUGUUAGGCUCAAACUGAUCACAUUUUUUUCUUCCCCCAAUAAAUGCUGGCCCAAUAAAGCCACUGGUUUGCACAGCAGUUUGUGAGUAGGCACGCCCACCUUCACUAGUUAGCAACCCUUUACGAGCCCACACACGUCUUUGACACCCUUUCCCCAUGCACAGGAACUCUACCCAAACCUUUACAACACAGGCUGCCCUCUGUUUUAUUUCAUUCUGCAACCAUGCGGUGCUUCUCCAGUCUCCCAUGCAGCACGCCCAUUCGCCUAGCUCCCCGCUGGAAGAGACAAGCACCCCCUUGUGCCUUCCAGCUCCCCCCCCUCCAAAUCAAUGAGGCAUUUCCAUACUUUUAAGGGGCUCUGUCUGCAUUUCCAGUGGGGAUCAUGGGGGUGGGGAGAGAAGGGGGGGGCUUCCUGGCUUACCUGGUGAAGCAGACAGGGGAAGCAUUGAGAGAAAAGCAUGCGCAGGAUGGUUGUAUAGAGCCCCUAUUGACUAGCCCUGACCUCUGCCCCCAGCAGCUGGGUAGUGGCCACCGUCUACUAUUCCUGCUGGCGAGCAUCCCUUACAGCUUCCUGCUCGGCAGCCUUGAUGACGACGAACUGCUGCUGGCGACAUCCCAGCCCAUGGGAGGCAUCCCAGCCCAGAACGUGCCUGGCUGCCCAGUCAACUGCACCUGCCCAGCAGAAGAGACAGUGGACUGUGGUGGCCUUGACCUGCACAUCUUCCCCAGCAAUAUCUCUGCAGGCAUCCAGCAUCUUUCGCUGCAGAACAACCAGUUGCAGGAGCUGCCCUACAAUGAGGUGUCCCGACUGGCUGGCCUGAGAACCCUUAACCUACACAACAACCACAUCACCUCUGAAGGUCUCCCAGAUGAAGCCUUUGAGUCCCUGCAAUCACUUCAGUACAUCUACCUGGCCAACAAUAAGCUUUCGGUGGCGCCGCAGCUCCUACCCAGCACUCUGCGGAUCGUGGACCUUGCUGCAAACCACCUGACUCGUGUCUACCCAUUUACCUUUGGGCAUAAACCUGGCCUCAGGUCUGUUUAUAUGCACAACAACCAGCUGAACAACACAGGUCUGCCCUUUGAUGCCUUCAAUGGCUCCGAUGCCGUGAGCACCCUCAUCCUCUCCAGCAACCUGCUCACUUACGUGCCCCAGAACUUGCCCCGUGCCAUCGUCCGCCUCCACUUACAGAAUAACCGCAUCUCCCGCAUCCCAAAAGGGGCCUUGAGCAGCCAGUGGCGCCUCCGGGAGCUCUACCUGCAGAACAAUAACCUGUCCAAUGAUGGCCUUGACCCCUCCACCUUCAGCCGGCUGAAGAGCCUGGAGUACUUGGAUCUCUCCAACAACAACCUGACACAGGUGCCUGCCGGCCUCCCCCCAAACAUUGCAAUCCUGCACCUGGGCCGGAACCACCUGAGCCACCUGCCCCCCGAGCGCCUGAGCCGCGUGCGGGGGCUCCAGUACCUCCUGCUGCAAAGCAACGCCCUGACAGCGUCGGGGGUCCACCCCGAGGCCUUUGCCCGCCUUCGCUCCCUGCACACACUACACAUGUACAACAACCGGCUCGAGCACGUCCCGCCCGGGCUUCCGCGGAGGGUCCGUUCCCUCAUGCUGCUGCACAACCAGAUUGCGCACAUUGGGCUGCAGGACUUUGCGGCCACCUACGCCUUGGUCGAGCUCAAUCUCAGCUACAACCAUCUCUACAGCGCCCGCAUCCAUCGCCUGGCCUUCCGCAAACUGAGGCGCCUGGAGACCCUGGACAUUUCGGGCAACCAGCUCACGUUGCUGCCGGCGGGGCUCCCCUCCAGCCUUCAGGUCCUCAACCUUCAGAAAAACCAGCUCAACUCCCUUUCUCCAGAGCGGCUGGUCAACCUCACGAUGCUCAAGGAGCUACACCUGGCCCACAACCGCCUGCGGAUCGGCAGCAUAUACCCAGGCACUUGGCAGGAGCUGCCUGGGCUCAAGCUCCUGGAUCUGAGCUAUAAUGAGCUGUCCUAUGUUCCACCAGACCUACCAGAAUCACUAGAAUAUCUAUACCUGCAGCAUAACAGGAUUGCUGUCAUUAUGGCUGAAGCCUUCCUCACAGCACCCAACAUCCGUGUCAUCACUCUCAGAUCCAACCGUUUGUUGGCAGCCAACGUGUCGGAAGCUGCAUUUGCAGACCUGAAACUGCUGGAGGUAGUAGACACUACUGGGAAUCCAGAACCUAUCACCAUCUCUCUGCUGCAAGCUGGGCACUGGGUCCGCACCCAGAUGGGUACCUAAGGAGGUUGCCUAGAACAGAUCACCAUCCUACGCUUCCUUUCUACCGCUGUGUGUCCUCAGGCAUCUCUACCAGGAUGGCUUAGCCAACCAGCAGCCUUCUGGAGAGGUUUGCACUGCCCAGUGUUUGUCCUUCCACCCUCAGCCAGUUGCAUGGAGCAGAGCCUCUGCAGUAUGCCCUGCCUGCUUCUCUAAGGUGCAGGGCUCAGCUGCAGCUUCUCCGCUUGAGAGAGACAAGAUGAAGAUACAAGAUUUCUCCAAUUCUACCUACUUCUGGAGCCCAAUCUUCAAUAGAUCUGUGUUUAGGGCUAAGCAACGGCACUGGCGAAGCUGAAGUCUCUGUGGACUAGGACCAAAGAGGCAGUCAAGGCUAGCUAAAGGCAUUUGCAUGCCCCUGCUUGGCUCCCGUUUUUUGGAAACAGUUGCUUAGGACAACACAAGCAUCUGCCAGGGGACCUAUGUUCUAUUCCGUCUUCUGUGUUGCUCCUCAAACAGGUGCACCCAAACCAUCCCUGUUGGGUGACAGAGGUGUUACCUAAUCUAGACAACGAAAUUUAUCCCUUAGAGUAAAUGCAAAGUUGUUUCCUGUGUGUCACAAGCCCCAGUGCCGGUCCAGCUCUUCUUCGCAAAGGAGGAGAUGAAUAGAAUCCAUCACAUAGAACCAGUGGGCAGUUUCUGGAUGCCCCACAUGGGCAAAUGUUUGAGUAAAUCUCAAGAUAACAUGGGGAGGGGAGGCUCCAUAGUUAAGAAACUGGAUUUUGAGCCCAGAUUCAUCACAAGCCUUUGGUUUCCACUGUAGAAAGGCCAGGAAACAUCACCCUAGCUAGGAUCACAUGAGUCACUGUUGGAACAAGAGGGAAUCCAUGUAGGUAACCAGGAAAUACUUUAUUAAUCCCGAAGGCCAACGUCUACCUGCUUUUCAAGGCCAACCUCCUCUCUCUCUCUUCCACACCAUUUCAUUUCACUUGAAACUAAUGUUAGCUUAGUGGAUUGUGCUAGGGCUUUUUUUGGGGGGGGGGCAGUUUGCACCUUACUUGGAGAUUGCUGGGAAGCAAGAGAUGUUUCAGUUUGAAGUGAGAAGAAGGAUGACUUGCAAGAUUCCACAUGAAUGACCGUCUCAUUGCCCAGAUGACCCAAUCAACACAACCCAGAAGAAAAUGAGGUUUCAACAAGGUUUAUUAUUGGUGCAAGAUUCCAGUACGUCUUUUUUACAGAGGUUUUUAGAACUUCCCCCACCCUAAAAACUUUAUAUAUAUUUAUGUCACUCCAAGCAUAAAAUAAAAGCCGUAACACAGUCAAGAUUCACGGCCUCUGGUUUUUAGCAUUGGCUUUCAACGCCUCUGGCUGAGCAACAACCAUGGAGGUAGGCACUUGUAUAAAAAUCCGAUUUCCCUAAUACCAAAGCGGGGGGUGGUAAGAAUGGGGUCAGGAAAGAAACGCUGCCUAGAGCAUUUGUUUCCCUUUAUCGUUUCUCUGUCCAGGGACAGGAGAAGUUAAAUUUUGGUUUAAAAGGGAAUUGGGCAGGGGAGACAGUGCAAGAUCUAACCCGCAGCUCGUCACCUCAUCCGUCCUGAGCAGCAGCAACCCUGAGUUAAUUUCUUACCCUUUAAAACGUCUUUAACCUAAUAUAAAAUAUAAUAUAAAAGGUCACAUUUCCAGCUGCCCAAGGGGAGCCCAGACCCCCCCACAAGGCCACAACAAUGUGCCUCAGUGCAGAAAGAGGACACCCCACAGGCUAUAGCAGCAUGCCUCCCCCAACUGCAGGGAUUACACAGAGAGGAUGUGGGAUACUCCAUCCAGCAUGCCCCAAAACUGGCAAUUAUUUAACACCACCCCCCACCAGAAAUGACACAUAGUCUGGGCCAGGGGGCAGCACAAACCCUGCUCCAAGCUGCUGGAGGCUGCAGCCAAUGGACUGUGCCCCACAGGUCUCUGCGCACCAGAAUAGAGCUGGCGCUUGAGCAACCUAGUUGUCAAGUCCCCCUAGCUGGGGGGACAGAAGCCUCUUCUAUGUUCUUUGGAGGUCAAAGGGAAGGGGAAGUCUCCCUCAGCAGUCUCUUAUGCUGCUCUCUAGCAGGGGCAGGUAGUCUCAGCCCCGUGUUUCUUCCUUUGGCAGCCCAAAGGCAGUAACAUUAAUUGCCACGAUAAUUUUAAAAAAGCAGGCGGCCCUCUCAAAGAUCAAGACCCAGCAACAGUUGUUGAGCUCAGCCAUUUUUCUUACUUGGAAAUGGGCUGCACAGAUAGCGGGGGCAGAUGCUGGUCAAGAAGGAUGCCCCCUUUGCAGGGUCUUCCGCCAUAGGCAUCUGAAGGAACCCGAGGUAGGUUCAGAGGUUGGGUCCUCACGGGAGCCGGCAAGCAAGGCGUCACACGAGCAUCCUGCUAGGUCCUCUUGGCCACUCAGGAGGGAUCAGGUCAGUUAAAAGCAGCGAGUUAUUAUCUCUCUACAGCCCCC